CCUUACAGAUGACAACCCUAACAGAAGCAGUUAGUAGCAGAAAACCCUUACCCUAUGACGCAGGCGUUAAGGCGAAGGUAGUUGCAAGGGGCAGUAUCUUGCACUACACCAGUCAAGGGCAAGAUAAGCAAUCCUUGACUGUGGCGUUAGCGGAUUUCUCUUCGGCAGUCAAGUGUAUUGUGUAUGAUGCUGCUAAAUUUCCACGAUUUGCUGUUGGGCAUACAGUUUCCCUCAGGAACAUCAUCAUAAGGAACAAUACUGUCAUUAUAACCAAAACAUCAAAAGUGUUCCUGGUACCAGGAAUGGAUGUCCCCGAGGAGAGGGAGCGGGAGGGCGACCACUUGGUGCAUCCUCCUCCAGCGCCGGAAUUGCCAUUGGACCAGGCGCUGAGGUCACCCGCAAAGUCAAAGGUGACCGUCAAGGGCCAGCUCAUACAGGAGGACAGCGUCAGGGAGGUUACUGUCAAUGGCUCGCCGGUGAAGUUGAAGGACCUCUUCCUUAAAGACUCGACAAGGGAGAAAGUCAAAGUCACUUUGUGGAGACCAGCUCCAACUGAGGCCAAGCCGGGUGACUUUGUUGUGAUUAGUGACUGUGUGGUAAACAGUUACAAGAAUGAGGUGUCGCUCUCCUCGACAUCAUCGACCACCAUGAAGAUUGCUGAGGCACCGCUGGAAACCAGCCAACUCACUGUGGUGGGUGCUGCAGUGGAAGGGGAAACAACAGAAUUGCUCUUAGAAGAUGGGUCAACUCGAGUUGUACCGUCUGAAAUGUUUCAGACGGCUUUGCCAGCGGGUUCAUUCAUUGAGGAGUAUGUUGUUGACAAUGCCCCGUUGGUUGUUGUUGUCACAAGCAAAGGUGCCAGCACAAUUCAAGUGCAGCUAUAAAGAGCAACAUAAAUUUCAACCUUACACUCC